UUUCAUCUGUAUUUCGGCCGCGUGGUCGUAAUCGAUUGUCAUAGCUUAAUAUCUUUCACGCAAAUAAUAAUUAAGAAAAAAAAUUACGUUUUUUAACCAUGUAUUUCUAAUUAUUUAAUUGAACUAGCUAAAAUUUCAGUUGUUGAUAAAUUUUUCAGUGAUCAAAAAUGCCGAAGAAAUCGAAGGUUGGAAAACAGAGGAAGGACAAAUUUUACAGACUUGCCAAAGAAACAGGUUUUCGAUCAAGAGCAUCAUUCAAAUUAAUUCAGCUCAACAGAAAAUUUGAAUUCCUUCAAAAAUCCAGGGUUUUGGUUGAUUUAUGUGCUGCACCUGGAGGAUGGCUUCAAGUAGCUCAUCAAGCGAUGCCAGUGUCUAGUCUUAUCAUUGGUAUUGAUUUAGUACCUAUAAGACCAAUUCCCAAUGUUAUGACUUUUCAAGAAGAUAUAACUACUGAAAAAUGCAGACAGACACUAAAAAGAGAGCUGAAGACAUUUAAAGUUGAUACUGUUCUUCAUGAUGGUGCACCUAAUGUUGGUAAAAGCUGGCUACAUGAUGCAUUUACACAAAAUCAACUCACCUUGCAUGCCUUGAAACUUGCUUCUGAAUUGCUUGUAAAAGGUGGAUGGUUCAUCACAAAAGUAUUUCGAUCUAAGGAUUACUUCUCCCUAGUUUGGGUUUUUAAGAAGUUGUUCAAGCGGGUCCAUGUGACUAAACCUCAAGCUUCAAGAAAUGAAUCUGCUGAAAUUUUCAUUGUUUGUCAAGGGUACUCUGCACCAGAUCGCAUUGACCCUAAGUUUCUCGAUGGCUCAUAUUUGUUUAAGGAUGUGCAAGCAACAGAAGAAACAAAAAACAGCAUAGAUCGAAUCGUUAAGCCAAAAUUAAAACCUGAGGGAUAUGAUGAUGAACUAAUUUAUGCUCAACUAAAAGCAUCUGAUUUUAUAAUGUGCGAAAAUCAUCUUGAAAGACUUAGUAAAUGUUCAGAAAUUAUAUUUGAUGAUGAUGACAUUCGAGAUCAUACAUUGACAACCGAGGAAAUCAGACAGUGUUGUAAAGACAUCAAAGUUCUUGGAAAGGCUGACUUAAAGUCUCUUUUGAGUUGGAGAAAGAAACUGAGGCUUGCUAUUUUGGGUGCAGAUGAUCAAAAGAAAGUUUCUUCAAAGCCAGUUGAAGAUGUAGAAGAAAAAGAAAUUGAUGAAGCGGUGAAAGAAGCCGAAGAUAUAGAAUUGUCAAAACUUCAAGACGCUAAGAGAAAAAAGAAAAAAAUAUUAAAAGAGAGGAAAAAACUUCAUGAUAGAAUGAAUUUGAAAAUGAUAAUAAAGGAUGAUGAGCCUGUGAUUCAAGAAGAUAGAGAAUUGUUUAAACUGGAUCAAAUAAAGAAUCCCAAGGAUCUUACAAGAAUUGAAGAUGAUGACAAUUUAGAAUUUAGUUUAGAGCCUCAAAAUAAUGAUGUUAAUGAUGUCCUUGACGUCAAAUUUCGCAAAUUACAUACUCCAUAUAAUCGAGAUGACAGAAAUGAGCCAGAUGUUGAAGAGGAGCCUGUGAAAGAAGAAAGUAUAUAUUCCAGUGAUGGUGAAUUGAGUAGUGACAUUGAAUUUGAAAGUGAUGAUGAUAUUGGAAGUGAUGCUGAACCUACAGAAGCAAUUUUAGAAGGAAAAAAGAAUCCCCUUGUUGUUGACCUUGUUGAUAGACCAGACAGAGUAAAGGACACAGUGAACAGAUGGUUUGACAAGGAAGAAUUCAUGAAUGCUCCCGAAGACAGUGAUUUGGAAUUAGAUUUACUUGCUGAAACUUUAGAAAAGAAAAGCACCGGUAAAAGAGCUCAGGAAAAAGGCAUGAAAAAUAAAGAUGUGACUGAAAAAAAAACUGAAGAAAACACUGAGAAUUCAGUUAUGGAGGAGGAUAUGGAGACCACAGGGGCAUCGGACCCUGGAGCACCAAAGAAAAAACAUGAAACUAUUUCUAAGAAGGAAAAAAGGAAGAAACGUGUGCGGUUGGAUCCAGAAGGUUUAGCACUUGGUUCAAUGAUGGUGCAGUCUAAAAAGAUGAAAAGAGAUAUUAUAGAAAAUUCUUAUAACAGGUAUUCAAGUAAUGAUGAAAAUUUGCCUUCUUGGUUUGUCAGUGAUGAAAAAAAGCAUUAUAGAAAGCAGCUACCAGUAACAGCAGAAUUGGUUGCUGAAUACAAACAAAGACUAAAAGAAAUAAAUGCAAGACCAAUCAAAAAAGUUGUUGAAGCCAAAGCAAGGAAAAAGAGAAAGUCGGAGAGAAGACUUGAAAAGGCUAAGAAAAGAGCAGAGAAAGUAACAGAUCAUCCAGAUAUGAGUGAAAAAGAAAAAGCAGAAGAAUUAAAAACGAUAUACAAGAAAGCUAUUCCGAAAAAGGACACAAAUGUGACAUACGUUGUUGCUAAGAAGGGUGGUGGCCGUAGAGUAAGUAGACCUGCUGGUGUGAAGGGACGUUUCAAAGUUGUGGACAGAAGAAUGAAAAAAGAUAUGAAGAAGAUGAAAGAACAGAUGAAAAAUCAAAGGCAUAAUCAUAAAGCUAAAAAUUUUUCCAAAAAAAAUAAUGCUAGGAAAACAAAACAGAAAAAGUGAUGUACAUUUUAUUAUUAAAGAUUGUUUUGAAGAAU